AGGGAACCUGAGACGCUGCUCUGGAAGAGGUGCGGUCGGCCGAGGCGUGCGGAGCUGAGGAGAGGGAGGUUGUAGGCCGACACAGGUGCCCUGGGUCCCCCCAGGCACUUCCUCCUUCCUUAAAUACUUAAGCAAACUGCCUCGUGUUCCGAUGGAUCGCAGAAUACUGGCCAGCAUUGGAGACCGGGGGCAGUGAUCUCGGGAAAAGUGGCAUUAGGACUGAAAUUGGGAGUGACCAAAGGGUUAUCGCGUGGAAGGAUUAAACUUUGUUUUGCGUUUUCUCCCAGAGUUACCCAGACCAUUGAAAGGAGGUUACUGGGAGGAGUUAAAGUCUCCUUCAUGGAUGGAUAAUUAAUAAAUUAACUUCACGGAUGGAUAACUUUAAUGCUUUGAACCACCUGUGUCUGGACAGCGGCGUCCUGGAAGUUGCAUGCUGUAUCGAGUUGUCUUCCUCCAGUGGGAGGUGAAAAUGUAUGAAAGUUCUCUGAAAGUUCUGGAAACCACAUACAUACAGAUUAGGCUGUCCAGGUGCACUUCCGUAAUUUAGGUUCCAUUAUUACUUAAGCAACUACUCAGUUUGUGUGGCUGCCCUUAAACAGCCAGCACUUCACGCUUGUUCUUUUUCUCUUCCGGGAGGUUUGCUGCCGAUGCUGGUAAAUCCUACCCGCUGUCUAUUUGUCUUGAAAAAUAAUCUUCACCAUUAUAAAAAGCUCUUUUGAGAAGUCACAUUCAUUUAGCCUUGUGGGUCACAUGCAGUCUCAUGGGUUUCUGAAACCGUUCAUUCUUUGUGUUUACUCAGCGCUGAGACACUGAUGUGUGAACUGGAAGCUUAAGACUUUUGAAGAAAUCCUCAGAUUGGCUUUGAACUAGAAAACUCAGAAAUAUCAGAAACUACCUCUGCCUGCCCAGCAUGCAUCUCCUCUCUGGGGCAUUCCCUGAGAGGAACUGGAAGAGGUCCCUUUGCAGACAGCCAUGCAGAUGUUCCUGAAACCAGACUGCCAGGUCUGACUUGUCCAGUAGAUUUAGUUAGUCAACUUCAGUAUGUUUCCUCCCCGAGUUCUUCUGUAACAACCUGCCAGGAAGGGAAGUCAUGCUUUCAUGUUGAAUGAAAAGUCAGCAAGUAGUGGCUGUGACAGAAACCACCUGACCCAACCACACCUGGAGUCACUGGAUUGGAGAUACAGCUGGGGACAGAAAAAACCCAGAUGAAAAGGAUGAGGCCAGCUGAAGAGUAAAUGGCAGCCACCACCCUUUCAGAGACAAAGUCAGCCUCAUGGUGGAAUUACUUUUUCCUGUAUGACGGUUCCAAGGUGAAGGAAGAACGGGAUCCAACCAGAGCUGGCAUUUGCUACUUCUUUCCCUCCCAGACCCUGUUGGACCAACAGGAGCUGCUUUGUGGCCAGAUUGCCGGCGUUGUGCACUGUGUGUCAGACCUUUCUGGCUCUACCCCUUCUCUCAUCCGUCUUCGGAAGCUCAAAUUUGCCAUAAAAGUGGAUGGGGACCACCUCUGGGCACUGGGCUGUGCAGUAGAACUCUCUGAUGUCAGCUGCAGGCGCUUUCUGGACCAACUCAUUGGGUUCUUUCAUUUCUACAAUGGCCCUGUCUCCCUGGCCUACAAGAGUUAUUCUCUGGAGACACUGAGCCUGCAGUGGGACACCUUCAUCACACAAGUCCUUAGGCACACCAGUGAGCUGCACCGGGUCUUCAGUGCCCUGUGGAGCCUAGACCGCAGCAAGGUGGAGCCCCUCCUGCUGCUGAAGGCAGCCCUCAUCUUACAGACCUGCCAGCGCACGCCUCACAUCCUAGCAGGCUGCAUUCUCUACAAAGGACUGAUUGUGAGUACCCAGCUCCCGCCCUCCCUCACUGCCAAGGUCCUGCUUCAGACUGCAUGCCAAGACCAGAGACUGCCAGCGGCAGGGGACACCCCACAGGGAAGAGGAGCAACAUUGCCCUCAAAUGUGCAGAUCAUCCCUGUUUUCCUGAGUGAAGAGGAAGCUGCUAAUCUCCACGAGUUCCCAGUUGAGUGGAGGAGGAUGAGGUUCCAAUACAGCUCAUCUCAGUACCCUCCCCAGGGUCGGAACACGUCUAUCCUGGCAGAAAAUGUCACCAGACACAUGACAUCUGCAGCCUGGACAUCAGCAGCCACCCUGGAACCUACCCCCACUGAUGGAGCAUGGCUGAAUGGCAGGGGAGAGAAUGGACACUUGCCUGGGCAUGAGCAGAAGUGGGUGGAGUCCACGGGACUGUGCACUACUGCCUGGGGCCAGGGGUCUGGCUGCAGCAGCCAGCUGCAGAAUCUGGGCUUCCCCCAAGGAGAGCUGGACUUGUCUGAAACCCACAUUCCCGAAGCUCAGGAAGCCUUUCCAGCUGUAUGUGCCCCAGACUGCAAAGGCCCUUAUUAUGAGGAAGCUGUCCUUGCCAGCCACUGGACUCCCUCUUUGCCUGUAGAUACAGCUGUUGGCAACUGCCUGGCUCCCUCCUCUCUCAAGAGACUCCCUGAACGUGGAGCCCUAGAACAGGAUGUAGACCUUCCUAGCACCAGUGGCCAAGCCCAAGAGUCUGGUGUCGACCCUCUUCCCAGGAGGGGCAGCAGGUCUGGGCCACUGCCUCCUCCAGGUAUCUGGUCAAGAAAAUGUGAGCUUCUGGAAGGGGGUGGAGGCCACGGGAGCGACACAGUCCCCACUCUGGCACAUGCUUUCCACUCAGCCGACUCUCGAGUCCCUAGCCCCUCUGCAGAUGGAAGUGAUUCUGAGCCAGCCCUUGCAGGCCUUGUGCGCAUGAAUCUCUAUACUCACAGUGUGAAAGGGCUGGUACUGUCUCUGCUCGCAGAGGAGCCUCUUCUGGGAGAUGCCACAGCCAUUGAAGAGGUGUACCACAGCAGCCUGGCCUCGCUGAAUGGGCUGGAAGUCCACCUGAAGGAGACACUGCCCAGAGACGAGCCUGGCCCCGCAGGUAGCUCAUACAACUUCGUACAUUAUGACCGCAUCCAGAGCGUGCUGACUGCUAACCAGCCCCCCAUGGCUGCUCCCCAGGACCGCCGCUUUCUACAGGCUGUCAGCCUCGUGCACUCUGACUUUGCCCAACUGCCCACCCUGUAUGAGAUGACCAUCAGGAACGCCUCCACAGCAGUGUAUGCCUGCUGCAACCCUGCCCAAGAGACCUACUUCCAGCAGCUGGUGCCCACAGCCCGGAGCUCUGGCUUCCCAAACCCUGAGGACUGUGCCUUCAGCCUUGCAGGCAAAGCCAAGCACAAGCUACUGAGGCACGGGGUGAACCUGCUGUGAGCUGGGCUGCUGCCUGGUGUCACCGUGGACUGUGCCGCGGCCCUGCCGGACAGUGUCCCCAGAUGGGAGGCCACGAUGGUUAGGGUUGAUCAGGACUGGACCCUUCAGUGACCAUUGGGAGAAGUGAGUGGUCUCACAUGCUCUGACCCUGUGCUGAUUCUGCUCUGUGAUAGGUGGUUGGUGAAGGUGGUGUAGAACCAUUUGCAGGCUGAAGAGAGAAGCUGCCAGGAUUGCUUUACUCAAAGGACCACUGUGCUAAGGAGAUGUGUUGAGAAUUUCAUGUUUAUGAGACAAAUCCUCAAGGGCUCAAAAUAAAAUGACCAAAACUAU